AUGCCUCCCAGGCUGAAUAUACCGCCGAUCACCCGCAUACUCCUCCUGCUGCUCCUCUUUCAAUCCUUCCUCAGCGGCGCCAUCCGGUACUCGCAAUGGAACGGGAAGAAUGAUAUCGUCGUGCCAUACCUGGUGAUGGUCCCGCAGCUGUCGCUGAUAUAUCCUUGGACCUUUGUCACGACCACUCUAGUCGAGAACAACCUCUUUACACUGGGCCUUUCUGCGGCAACUAUUUUCUAUGGUGGUAGAUAUCUGGAAAGGGCGUGGACGUCCAAGGACUUUGCGAAGUUCCUGCUGGUUACGACUUUGAUCCCAAAUGUCCUGUGCUUUGGUUUCCUGGUGGUGAUGUUUGCAGUAACGACAGAUAUGAGCUGGACGUUGACCACCAUCAACGGCACAAUCCCACUACAGAUCUCCUUCCUCGUUGCAUUCUCUCAACUCCUGCCCGCGCAUACCGUCACCCUCUUCAAAGGGAUCAUCUCCCUCCGAGUCCCCAGAUUCCCACUCCUCCACGUCAUCGCAGUGACCGUCCUAGCAGUCAUGCCGCUCCUGAGUGCCGCAUCAUUCUUCCUUGUCGUUACCGGCUUCCUAACAAGUUGGACAUACCUACGAUUCUACAAAGCUGCAUUCCCAGAUUUGGAAACCUCGCAGCCAUCGUCAUUACGCGGAGACGCUAGCGAGACCUUCGCGUUUUCGGAAUUCUUCCCCGACCUAGCGAAGCCCUAUGUCGCCGCCUUCGCAGAUCAAGUCUACAAUAUCUUCGUCGCUCUACACAUCUGCACCCCAUUUUCAGCCGCGAACGCAUCUGGUUCUCGCGGCGACGUGGUGAUGCAAAGGCUAACACCGGGUAGUGCAAGGGCAGAGGCUGAGCGCAGGAGGGCGUUGGCCCUGAAGGCGCUGGAUCAAAGGUUGCAUGCUGCAUCAGCGGCUGGAAAGCCGAAGACGACAGCUCCCCCACCACCGGCUGUGGCCGGACCUAGCGUGCAGAUACAACCGCAGCCGAAUGUGCAAGCUCCCGGGAGUAUGCUCGGAGAGACGAGCUAUGUACCAGAGAGGGAAGAGGAGAAGGAUGCUCAUUGA